AUGUUGACGCUGUUAUCCCCACUGCCUCUGCUGCUAUCCCUGCUGCAUCCGCUAUCCUCGCUGCCAUCCCCACUCCCGUUGCUGUCCCCGCGGCUAUCCAAGCUGCUAUUCCUGCUGCUGCUGCAGCAAAUGCUACUACUCUUCAAAACCCACGUCGGCGACAACUUCCUGUUAGAUACAGAACCGAUGCAGCUUGUGCUGGUCCAGAUGAGGGUGAAGUCUUCGACCUGGACAAUAUUUCAGGGGAUGAAGAGGAACCGGGCAAUCUUCCUGCACCCACCGCUGUGGCACCUGCAGGCUUUAAUUCAAGCCCACUCCAGACUGUCACCAGCACCGUCCACACAGACCCUUUGGUGA